UGGCAGUGAGCCACUCAGUGGACGCACGUAUGCAGUUGUUUGAAGCCUCUUGAUUAUGAAGAGAACUAUUGAGAAUAGUCGGAUAUAUAUCCUCAGAGCCGGAGACUUAUAGAGGGUCGCUGCCAAGUGUUUGGUGAACGAUAUCAUGCGGGUACCGUACUUUUCUGAUUUGCAACAUUGUGGCAAGAGAUGAAGAAUAACCAUCCGUCCUUUUUACCAUUAGCUCUUCCACAACCGCCAGAGAACGUACGUCCCCCUCAAGAUGGCGCACCUUUUCCUCGCUAGCACGAUCCCUGUGUCGGGCGAGGACCCGCACACCUCCAAAGGCGCCCCAAAACCCCCCAAGAGCUCCAUGAAAACGCCUACCCUGUCCACGGCGUCCGUGGACUCGAAGACGACGACGACGACGACGACUGCGACGGCCACGCCGUCCAAAAAGGACACCAGGAAGGUCAUCGUGACCACCGUGCCGCUCAUCAACGAGCUCCAGCUGACAGCCGCCACGGGGGGCGCCGAGAUGUCGUGCUACCGCUGCACGAUCCCCUUCGGCGUCGUGGUGCUCAUCGCCGGCGUGGUGGUGACGGCGGUGGCGUACGCCUUCAACUCGCACGGCUCCACCAUCUCGGUGCUGGGCCUGGUGCUGCUGUCAGCCGGGCUGGGCCUGCUGGGCUCCAGCGCCGUGUGCUGGAGGCUGAGGAGGAGGAAGAAGAGCAGGGACAAGCGGCGGGAGAGCACGACCGCACUCAUGUUCAACCACGACGCCCUCCUGGCCUAGCCCUAACCCUAACUUGGACGACUUUCAGGGCCAGUUAAAGGGUCGGGUGUGGAUCCUGGAGACCACCCCAAUCCCCCCAAUCAUAAUUCAAUGUCCCUUUUUGGUGACCUUUGAAACAGGACCCCCAGCAGUUUGAAUCGUUUCGGGAUAGGUUGAAGAAGGAACUGUAACAUUGCGGUGAAUGUAACCGAAUAAACAGACUGAAGACUGAAGGCGAUCACGACACUAAAUGGAGCCCUCACAGCUCACUGUCACUCCUAUAUAAACUGUAAGAAGUUAUAAGGACAUGGACCAAGCUAUUUGUACUUUAGUUGACAGGCAGGGAUGUGUGAUGGACACAAGGAUUAUAAUAGCAGAAAGACUCAAAACAAUGGAUGAUUGCGGAAGGAAUAAACAACAGCUGAAGAUGAACAUUUUAUACAUUAUAAGUCAAGAAUCCAACCUAGAGAGCCCAAAAGAGUAACUAAUACUUCAUUAAUUAAAAUACCUAAUGUCCCCUUUUAUUUCAGGGCUUGUGUUAUGAUAAUCCUUAGGACAUAUUUCAUUAUACAUUAUGUAUCUAGCUUGUCAUCCUUGUUGGCCUAAUUUAGAUUACAAAGUUGUGUAUUAUGAUCCAGGAUUAAAGACCCAAAUAAUAACUGAACUGAACAACAAUACAUACAAAAAACGUUCUAGAUAUUUGGCUGUACUACUGUAUUUCUGGGAAAUGGACAAUGAAUGUCUUGAUCUUUUCAUUCUUCCUGAAAUGCUUAUGAUUGAGACAGAGUUCUUGAGGGAGUCCUUCAUUUUAGUGCAUAAUUGGCAAACCCUUUUGAACAAGAAGGAACACUCAUCCUCGUUGAAAGGUUUGGAAAGGUCAGGAGUUGGGGCAUUCCCAGCCAACCGAAAUUCUAGUGCUCGUAUCCUUGACAACUGUAGUGUUUAAACACUGCGACAUGGCUGAGGGUAAGAUGCAUUAACAAGAAAUUCCUGCCAGCGUUUCUGUGACUCAGUGCUGCUAAAUGGUAGAUUUGUCUACUUAUCUUUAAUAGGUACUUUAUUAUUGUGUAGCUGUGUAGCUAUUUUUCCUAAACUCUCUGAGACAAAGGACAUUUCAGUCCCUGCUGAUCUGAAGUCUGACAUGCAUGUGUAUGAUUGUAACUCUAGUGCACUAUGUUCAAUGGUGAUAACCAACAAAUAAACAUAUUCCAUGCUGUAUACACCAUAUGCAAACCUUAGUGACAAGAAUAACCUACAGCCUAUCACUAUCUUAAUCUUGGUAGAAAUUAAAUGUCAAUCGAAAUUUACAAUUAUACCCUCUCACGAGGGCAUAAACCAUCUAAUUUCCAUAGCGUUAUUCAUUGCAGGUCCCUGUACAUCUUUUUGUGACAUAUCCGUUCUAAUAAACCCAUGAUAC